AUGGCCGACUGGGAUAACGUCACCAAGAUUGGCAGCAAGGUCCGCGGACCCGGCGCUGCCCAGCGCGAGACCGUCAUCCGCGGCAAGGCGGCCCUGAACGCCGCUCAGCGCAGCGGCGGUGUCAUCGGCACCGAGAAGAAGUACUCUACAGCCAACGCAUCCGCAAGUGGAACCGAGGGCCAGCGCCUCACCAAGGUUGACCGCUCCGACGACAUCAUCAAGCCCAACACUGUCGGCAAGCUCGUCGGCGACACCAUCUCCGCCGCCCGCCAGAAGAUGGAGCCCAAGAUGACGCAGAAGGACCUCGCCACCCGUUGCAACACCACUCAGGGCGUCGUUGCCGACUUUGAGCGCGGCUCGGCUACUCCCGACCAGAAGGUGCUCGGCGCGAUGGAGCGCGUCCUCAACGUCAAGCUGCGCGGCGCCGACAUUGGCGCCCCCAAGUUCCCCAACAAGAAGUGA